AUGGCGACCGCCACCUCGUUGUAUUACGAGUACAAUGGUUUGGUGGAUUUGUACUUUGUCGUUGACGAGACCACCGACACUGCACUCCGCCAGACCUGGCGCAAUGUCGAUCCAGCGUUUUUCGUGCCGGACGAGAAUCUCGACGGCUGGCAUGCACGACGACCCUUCUAUACAAUCAUUAUGCCGUCUGCCCUCGCAACUCUACCCAGCUUUGGGCGCAAUCCGGUCUGGUUUAAAAAGUACUACGCGCUCGAUCUGCUGGCUCGCGCGUCGCUUGGCGAGACUUGGGCGCUGCCUUUCAACGUGCCGACGUACGAGUAUUUUAUUGUGACCGACGUGGAAGUUGUCUGGAGCAGAGGCGUGUUGAACACUGCAUCGACAACCGCCUCCGCCUCCGCGGUCAAUCGGCGAGCCGCACUGCGGGCAGCCCUGGCCGCCAACGACCACCGAACACACUUCUUUGGCGUCACAAUGUUCCCUGGCCAUCCACCAGUGUUUGACGAUAUCAUGAACGCAUCUGCCGACUUGAUCCGUCGGACGGACGAUGCCGCUUACCAGCAGCUGCGCCGCAAGACAGCCAACUUGUCGACAUACACUUGGUUUAACGACAUGCCUGUCUUUCCAGCCAUGUAUGUGCCCGAGUUUCUUGCACUCAUUGACACGUCACGCAGACACGAGGAGGUGACCUGGUUCUGGUUUGACCAUCUUGUUUUCCAGUACUGGCUGCUGGCCUUCAAAGACAAGCAGAUGGACAUUCUCGAUCACUUGGUCCCGGCACAGGGUGGUGUUCGUGCUCAAAGUUUCUCACUCGGGGAGGCCUCUGCUUACGACGAGGUGCUAUGCGAUGUGGCCCAGCCACUUUGGACGACGGUCUCCAACCGAUGCGCAUCCACACUGAUGUACACGCAGAUAGAUCGCUCAAACAGCUUUUGUGCAGUCCCUGCGCCGUAUCCCAGUUUGGAGUACAUCCCGCUGUGCUAUCCCAAAAAGGACUAG